AUGGCAGACAACUUCUUCAGCCUGGUUCGUACUCGAGACCAAGACGCGUUGGACGAAUGGAACACCCAGCCUCCCGUACAGGACUACGAUACGGGCUUCAAAGGCGCAUCCGACCAUGAAUUGCGUAACCUUGUCCAGCCGCUCAUUGACAGGGCCACGCAGGGAAAGUCUACUAGUAUUACGACCGGCUGGAUCGCGGCCCUGGACGACAAGUCAGAGGCGCAAGCGGCUGUGGUCAUGCACUACUGCUAUCCACAGGAAGACUGGGGAGAUGAGCCUAUUGUUGGACGAGGCAAAGUCAGCGACGGGGUUAUCUGGUGGAAAUGGCGAGUGCCAUUCAAGGCGGCCUGGACAGUCUGCAAUGAUAUCGACAGCAUUGGGAUCGACGCGAUUGAAUUGUAUUCGCGACUCGAGUAUCAGGAUGCGGACGGCGUGCUUCAGACGGAGAUGCCGGAGAAGAUUAUCCAAGGCGAAAUUGAGGACCCAAAUGGACAAUAG